UAUUUUAUUUUACUUUAAAUUGCACAAAAGUUUGAAUUUUAAGAUGUCAGGAUACAAUUCAGAAUCUCUGACACUAAAUAAGUUGGAUUAAGGUGCCCAAGUAUUACAUAUAGUUUACACUCAACCAAUGGUGAUGCUCUAAGGCGUUAUUUAUUUUGUUGGUUCGCUUCAAUUAGGGAUUUUGAAACCCUAGUCGAUAUCGAGAUCCGACCUUGCUCAUCUCUGAGGUUUUUUUUUCUUCUAGAUACGAUGAAAUAUCCUACGCGGGAGCAGGGUAGGGCUGUAACAUCGGUGUUUUGGGACAUCAAUCUGUGUCCGGUUCCCUCUGGCUUUGAUCCUAGUCGGGUCCGUCCCUGUAUUAAACAGUAUUUGGAGAAUCGUGGUUACUCUCAUCUUGUCAACAUCACCGCUGUUGGCGUACUAGUAGACGUCCCCGCUCGCGUCCUUAGAAGUGUCUUUUCCAGUGGAAUCUCUCUCAUUAACGUCCCCUACGGUGACACUAGCGGGGUUGUUUGUGCGUUUGCCGAGAAUAAUCCACCUUCUGAAGCUAAUAUAAUGGUCAUAUCCGAUCCGAAUAUCUUCACUGGUGUUUCGGACUACAUAGGUUAUACGGGACACCACCUUCUUGAGCCAUGUCCCUAUGAUUCUCUUCAAAGCCUUCUUGAGAAAGAUUCAGGGGCACCUGAUGAGGAAACAGUUGAAUCUGCCUUGUGGGAUUGCCUUGUCUGCCGGCGUGAUCCUCCUAGCCAUGUCUUUGAGGAUCUCAUCACGCAUCUCCGUGGUGAAGAACAUGAAGAGUUAUUUCGAAAACGGUUCACGCUUGAUAACGGUGAUGAUGUAGACUUCGCUCCCCCAGCUGUUUCUCGACGGGAUCCUUUCAUGACGUGGGACUGGUGUCCUCUGUUAUCAGGACCAAGGGUGACAAAGCAGGAGGCUGCAACAUUUGUCUUUUGGGACAUCAAUACGUAUCCUGUUUCCUGUUGCUCUGAUGUUCCUCUGGUUGCUCCGUGCAUUAAACGGUUUUUGGCGGUAGAAGGCUACUUUGGUCCUUGCGUCAUCGUUGCCGCUGGCCUGUUAACAUCCUGAGGGCACUCUCUUCCUGCGGAAUCACUCUCACCAAUCUCCCCUACGCUUUUUCCUCAGACAUUGUGCGUCUCCUUUUUGAAUUCGUCCACACCCAUAAAGUUGCAGCUAAUUUUAUGGUCAUAUCCGUUGCAAAAAUCCACGAGGUUUAUGAUCGAUACCUAAAAUUGUGGGAAUACAACCUUCUUCCGCCGUUUCCAUAUGCUUCUCUCCAAAGCUUUCUUCCGGCAGAUCCAGAAAGGGCACUUGAGGAGUAUACGUGCAGCAGUGAAACUGGGGAAUCUUCCUACUGGUUUUGCUCACUUUGCUACCCUGCUCUGCCUUACAAAGGCUUUGAUAAUUUCGCCACGCAUAUCUCUAGUGCUCAACAUCGAUCCCAGUUGUUGGACCCGUUGCCUAUAAGUGAGUGUGAUGAGAAAAGCAAGGAGGCUGUAACUUAUGUCUUUUGGGACAUCAUCGCGUGUCCGUUACCCCCCUUCCUUUGAUCCUCGUCUGGUCGGUCCGAGCAUCAAAGCCUUUUUGGAGAGAAGUGGCUACUCUGGUACUGUCAAGAUCACUGCCGUGGGAGCACUAACAGACGUCCCUCAUGACAUCUUGAGAGGACUCUUUUACGGUGGAAUCUCUCUUGAGAGCAACUCCGGUUGCAAUACCAUUGCGCUUUGGCUUACUGACUAUGCCCUUGGCAAUCCAUCUCCAGCUAAUUUUAUGGUCAUAUGCGAUCCGGGAAAAGUCAAGACUAGUUUUCGCUUCCUAAGUAUGGAGGGGAAAUCCAACCUACUUCAAUAUGAUUCCGUUGAAAGCUUUCUUCCGACAGUGUUUCUUGAUGAGGGGGAUAAGCGCAAGCGCAAGCGCAGUGAAAUGGGUGAAUAUGCCGGCUGUGUUUGCUCAGAUUGCUGCCCUGGCGAUGUUGAGGAAGACUUUGAAAAAUUCUCCACGCAUCUCUCUAGUAGAGCUCAUAAACGGAGGAUGUUGGACUUUUUGCCUUACAAUGCUCGGUUUUCUCGUCAGGAGGAUGCUUCCUACCAUGGUGGCCACGAUUCUAACAUUGUAGGGAAAGUACACGUGAACAAGAACACCAGGAACAAGAAGAUGAAGAAGAACA